AGUGUGGAGGAAUAUGUGCUGCCCAAGUUCGAGAUAACCAUCGAUCUCCCCACCAUAGUGCUGGAGAAGGAUGAGAAGUUCCAGAUGGACAUUUGUGGACGGUACACCUAUGGGAAGCCUGUCCAGGGGAAGGUCCAGGCCACCUUGUGCCAGCCCUUCAGGCACACUGGGAUCCUGUACAACCUUCACAGUGGCCUCCAGAAAUCAACAAACUGCAUCGAGGUUGGUGGGCAGACUGAGAAGAACGGCUGCUUUUCAACAGAGGUUUUGUUGACAAACUUCAACCUGACCAGCUCCAUGUAUCGGAAGCAAUUCCAAGUCCAGGCAUCGCUGGUGGAGGAUGGGACAGGGCUGGAGCUGAAAAACACCAAGAGCUGUGACAUCUCACCUGAAAUCUUCACCGUUACCUUCGAAAACACCAAUGAGUUCUACAAGCCCGGCAUCCCCUACACCGGGACGAUGCUGCUGAAGGGAGUCAAUGGUGCCACGCUGCCGCAGAAGCAGCUCUUGCUCAUCGUUAGCCAGCAAGGAAAGGACACGAGCCAGACCUUCCUGACAGACACAUCAGGGAGAGCUUCCUUUGAGCUGGACACCUCUGGAUGGAGUGGCACAAUCUCCUUGGAUGGUCAAGUUAAUGAGUCAGCUCACACCCAGAACGACGGCUCCAUACCCACCUACCAAAACGCCCACGUGUACACCCGCCCCUUCUUUUCAGAGAGCAGGAGCUUCCUGCAGAUCCACCGGCUGGAGAGAGAGCUGCCCUGUGGUCAGUCCCAGCAGCUCUGGGUGGACUAUAUCUUCAGCAAGGAGGCCUUGGGGACUGAGCUGGGGAGCCUGGAUGUGAUCUUCCUGGUCUUGGCCAAGGGGACCAUUGCCACCAUCUUCAGGAAAGAGCUGCCUGCAGAGGCUGGGGUGAAAGGCUCCUUCUCCCUGGAGCUGCCCAUCAGCCCCCAGCUGGCACCCACGGCCAAGGUGCUGGGCUACGUGGUGCUGCCCAACAGCGAGAUGGUGGCUGACAGCACUGAGCUCAAGGUGGCCAAGUGUUUCCUCAACAAGGUGAAGAUGGCAUUUUCAGAGGACAGGGCUCUGCCCGGCUCGGCGCUGUGGCUGGAGCUGGAGGCUGCCCCGGGAUCCCUGUGCGCUGUCCGUGCCGUGGACCGCAGCGUGCUGCUCUUGAAGCCCGAGGCUGAGCUCAACACGGAGGCGAUCUACAAAGUACUCCCUGAAUUCGACUACCCUGGAAGCAUUCGAGACCCAUCACCCUGUUCAGAAUUUCCUUGGGAUUUUGAAAUUCCCACCAUCCCGAAGUCCCAGAUGGACACCUACAAGAUAUUUCAGAAAGCAGCACUGAAACUUUUCACCAAUGCCAAGACCAGAGAUGUUUGCAAAGAGAGGUUCGGCCUUCCUGGGAUGGCAGGUCCCCCAGGGGACAUUGGUUACCCAAUCUCCUAUAUGCGGAAAGAUAUGGACUUCCCAGUGCUCAUGCGAAAUGUUGUCCCUGAAGUCGCUGUCCAGGAAGAGCCACCAGCACCCAGGACAUAUUUCCCAGAGACAUGGUUGUGGGACCUGGUCCCUGUGGGGGACGGGGGCUCUGCAGAGGUGGCAUUGACAGUGCCAGAUGCCAUCACCGAGUGGAAAGCUGGGAUGUUCUGCAUGGCACCACAGGGCUUGGGGCUGGCCCCUGUCACCACCCUCACAGCCUUCAAGCCUUUCUUUGUGGAGCUGGCCCUGCCCUACGCCGUGGUCCGCCACGAAGCCUUCACUCUGGUGGCCACCGUCUUCAACUACCUGCAGCAAUGCCUGCGGGUUCAGGUGACUCUGGGGGAGUCGGCAGAGCUGGAGGUGUCAGCGAGCGCAGACGAGGUGUAUGGUGGUUGCAUCUGCGCAGACGAAGCGAGGACCUUCCGCUGGGGCGUGCGAGCCACCAACCUGGGUACAGUGAACAUCACCUGCAGCACCGAGGCCCUCAGCUCAAAUGAACUCUGCGGCAACGAGAUGCCCGUGGUGCCAGCCCAGGGGCGUGUGGACACCAUGAUAAAGCCCUUGCUGGUGCAGCCCGGGGGGAUCCUGGUGGAGAAGGCACACAACUCCCUGCUCUGCCAGGAAGGCGCUGAAGAAAUCUCCCUGGAGGUUCCUGCAAAUGUCUUGGAGGGCUCCCAGCGAGCCCAUGUCACCGUGAUGGGUGACAUCAUGGGCAAUGCUCUGCAGAACCUGGACCACCUCCUGGCCAUGCCCUAUGGCUGUGGGGAGCAGAACAUGGUCCGCUUCGCCCCCAACAUCUACAUCCAGCAGUACCUGGAGAAGAGCGGGCAGCUGCACCCCGACAUCCGUGCCAAGGCGCAGGGCUUCCUGCAGAGCGGGUACCAGCGAGAGCUGCUCUACAAACAUGAUGAUGGGUCCUACAGUGCCUUUGGGAAGAGCGAUUCCAGUGGCAACACCUGGUUGACAGCAUUUGUCCUCAAGUCCUUUGGACAAGCCAGAGCCUACGUGGCCAUCGAGGAGCGGCACAUCACCGACGCCUUGCACUGGCUGCAGAAGAACCAGCAGAAGACAGGCUGUUUCCGCAGCGUGGGGAAGCUCUUCAACAACGCCCUGCAGGGUGGUGUCUCGGAUGAGCUCUCACUGUCAGCUUAUGUCACAGCUGCGAUGCUGGAGCUGGGACUGUCCCCAACGGACCCGAAGGUGAGCUCAGCCCUGCAGUGCCUGGAGGCUUCAGCCACCGAAGACCCCUACACCCAGGCUCUGCUUGCCUACGUCUUCGGGCUGGCGGGGCGUGGGGAGCAGCAGCAAACCCAACUGCAGAGCCUGGAACAGCACAGAGUCAGCACAGAGGGACAGCUUUACUGGCAGAGGAAGGGGAAGGUUCUGUCCUCAUCACAGCCCUCCUGGGCUGCAGCUGCACCAGCAGAGGUGGAGAUGACCUCCUACGUCCUCCUGGCCUACCUCUCCCAGCCCCAAGUGUCCACUGCUGAGCUGGGGACUGCAUCCCAAAUCGUCCGCUGGCUCAGCAAACAGCAAAACCCCUACGGGGGCUUCGCCUCCACGCAG